GCGGCUAGGCUGUGCGGGGAGGGUGGAGGCGAAAUGGAUAUCAAAUAAGGGUGUCAAACGGAGAUCCCGAUGUUCCCUUUAAGUUGCUGCUCAUUUUUAUUAGCCCCACCAGGGGUGAAAAGCUUUUAAGUUUCAUACCCUCUGUAGUAAGGACAGUGUGUGUUGAUGGGUGCACAUUGUCCUUCACCGCGAAGACUGUAUGAGUGCUCUGGUGGAGCUACAUGAAGGGGCUUCUUCGCCCUCUUCUCAUUUAAUGAUUUGGUGAUCAGACUUCAGCUCAGUUAGAUAAGAGAGAGAGGUUCUGCCGCCUAGAUGUUAGCCCUUUAAUGAGGAUGGGAGCCCCCAGGGAGCCCAAAUCCAAAGUAGAACGGUGCUGCCUUCGGGUUUCUGGUCAUUUCUUCGGUGGCUCCUUCUCCCUUUUCCAGGGGGCCUAGGGAGCAGGAGCUGUCCAAGGUGCUAGAAUGCCGGCGGCUCUGCGGGUCCAGGCAGGCGGAGGGCAGAAGCAGAGGAGAGAGCUUACCGCUUAUUUCAGAAGAAUAUAAUCAAAUGAGGGAUCUUAGCCAGCCUGGUGAUUGCCUUGCAUCUUGUAAUCAUCUGUGUAGCAAAGUGAGUAAAAUCAUCCAAUUUCUUCCCGGCUGGACCUGGCAGGAAGGAGAGGGGCUGUGUGUUCAUCCCCACCCAUUAGCUAUGCCCUCUUUUCUCUGAAUGUCGAUGUAAGGAAGCCAGCACCUGUCUUCUGCCACGGCAUCUUCCUAGCAAACUUUAAAGGCCAUUUUAUGUGAUAGGAAGAACAUCAAGAACGCUCUCAUCUCUAGUGAUGAAGAAUCUGGGAUUCGACACUUUCCCCAAGCAGACACAAUGCACUUUAAUUGAAGAAAAACUGAGCUGAACUACAAGUCUGUCUCUUAUGGUGCUGGAUUACUCCUACAGAACUGCCCUGAGAUCCGCCGUGAGAGGGCUCUGACACACAGAAGUCACCUUCUGAUUAUUGCACUUAGUUCUCCCUGGGGACUUAAAUUUUGAAAACUUCCCUCUGCAUGAUACCCUCCAAGAUGACCAGCGCUCACCCAGAGGAGGAUGCUCUGGACACCUUUCUGCAGUACAUUGAGGAUAUGGGGAUGAAGGCAUACGACGGCCUGGUGAUUCAGAAUGCCUCUGACAUUGCCCGAGAGAACGAUCGCUUGAGAAAUGAAACCAACCUGGCCUACCUGAAGGAGAAGAAUGAGAAACGCCGCAGACAGGAAGAAGCCAUAAAGCGCAUCGGUGGAGAGGUGGGGCGAGGCCACGACGCCGGCUACGUGGGCAAGCACUUCCGCAUGGGAUUCAUGACGAUGCCGGCCCCUCAGGACAGACUUCCCCACCCGUGCUCCAGUGGCUUCACCGUGAGGUCGCAGUCCCUGCACUCGGUCGGGGGCACGGAGGAUGACAGCAGCUGUGGCUCCCGGAGACAGCCACCACCCAAGCCCAAGCGGGACCCUAGCACCAAGCUGAGCACCUCCUCGGAGACGGUCAACAGCACUGCGGCCACCAAGGGCGGGAGGCCCGCCGAGAGGCCCGAAGUGUCUGCCAAACCGAGACCCCACAGUGAUGAAUACUCAAAGAAGAUCCCCCCUCCGAAACCCAAACGGAACCCAAACACUCAGCUUAGCACGUCCUUCGAUGAAACGUACAUCAGAAAGCACGGGCCCAGGAGGACAUCGCUGCCCCGGGACUCCUCCCUGUCCCAGGUCAGCACCCCUGCGGGAGACCCCGAGGAGGAGGAGCCCGUGUACAUCGAGAUGGUGGGGAACAUUCUCAGAGACUUCAGGAGAGAGGAGGACGACCAGAGCGAGGCCGUCUACGAGGAAAUGAAAUACCCCAUUUUCGACGACCUGGGCCAAGAUUCCAAAGGUGACUUUGACCAUCACAGUUGUUCUUCGCAGUGUGCUACUCCCACGGUGCCUGACUUGGACUUCGCCAAGUCCUCAGUGCCAUGUACUCCCAAGGGUUUGCUUUGUGACAUCCCCCCGCCCUUUCCUAACUUGCUGUCCCACCGACCCCCGCUGCUGGUGUUCCCGCCAGCCCCUGUGCACUGCUCCCCCAACUCGGACGAGUCUCCGCUAACCCCGCUGGAAGUCACCAAGCUCCCCGUGUUGGAAAACGUGUCUUACAUGAAGCAGUCCGCCGGAGCCUCUCCCUCCUCCCUGCCAUCUCACACCUCCGGCCACUCGAAGCUGGAGAAGGACCAGCCAGGAGCCCUGGGACCGGCCUCUGCCACGUCUGUGCUCUCCUCGUCCCCGCCGCCUCCUUCCACGUUGUACCGAACGCAGUCUCCCCACGGCUACCCUAAAAGUCACUCGGCCUCCCCCUCGCCGGUCAGCAUGGGCAGGUCCCUGACCCCGCUGAGCCUCAAGAGGCCACCCCCCUACGACGCCGUGCAUUCAGCAAGCCUCUCCAGGAGCUCUCCCUCAGUGCCUCAUUCCACCCCCAGACCCGUGUCGCAAGAUGGGGCCAAGAUGGUCAACGCUGCGGUCAACACCUACGGGGCGGCUCCGAGUGGCUCUAGGUCCAGAACACCCACGAGUCCUUUGGAAGAACUCACCAGCCUCUUUACCUCAGGACGCAGCCUGCUGAGGAAGUCGUCCAGUGGCCGACGUUCCAAGGAGCCAGCAGAAAAAUCCACAGAGGAGCUGAAAGUCCGAAGUCAUAGCACAGAGCCACUGCCCAAGUUGGAAAGCAAAGAGAGAGGGCACCAUGGGUCAUCAUCCUCCAGAGAGCCUAUCAAAGCUCAGGAAUGGGAUGGAACACCAGGUCCACCUGUGGUCACCAGUAGGAUGGGAAGGUGCUCUGUGAGCCCCACCUUGUUGGCAGGAAACCACAGCUCAGAACCUAAAGUAAGCUGCAAGUUAGGCCGAUCUGCAUCCACAUCAGGUGUGCCUCCGCCCUCGGCUCCUCCUCUCAGGCAAGCCAGUGACCUGCAACAGAGCCAGGUGGCUUGCAUGCAGUGGUUUCAUGGAGACCAUACAAUGCUUGAGAUGAUUGAGAAAAAGCGUUGCUUGUGCAAGGAAAUAAAGGCUAGACAGAAAACGGAAAAGGGCCUUUGCAAACAGGAUAGCAUGCCUAUCCUACCCAGCUGGAAGAAGAGCACAGGUGCAAAGAAGUGCAGCCCUCCACCAUAUUCUAAACAGCAAACGGUAUUCUGGGACACUGCCAUCUGAGCGUGGGGAGGAUGGCGGCAGCUCCUGGUUACUUACUACCCAGAGGGAGGUCGACUCGGUCACGUGAAACAUAUCUUCUCUGUUGGAGUGGAAUGCCACAGGAAGCUGUGCUUACUUGUGGCACAUACAAGAUAAAAUGUAUAUGUCUUUGCAAUUAAGGCACAUUAUUUAUCCCGGAUUAUUUUGAAUCCAGAAGAUAUUAAAUUGUAAAUAUUUUACUAAUUUAUGGGUGACACCUGAAAUAAUACACACUAUACAUAUAUAUAUAUAUAAAUACAGAAAUAUCAAGUUUACUAUAUGAUAUAAUUUCGGUAUUAACUGGUUUGUUAUCUCUUUUAUAUGUAACCCCUUGAUGCCUUUUACUAUUAAUUUUUGCAUUUAAAAUGUUUUUUUUUUUCUCUCCUGCCCACAUUUGGCUUGUGUACAGUAACUUACAGCUACACAUCAUAUCCAGCCACAUAAUAUAGGAUCUGGUGCUAGUAAUGUAAAAAUUGAAUAUCAUAUUUGUGAAGAGCAUCUGCUGCUUUUUAAGUUUCUCAAGGUUUGACAGGAAAUGAAUGCAAAUGUGAUGUUAAUUUAGACAUCCACAUUACAUUGACACCAAUAUUUUUCUUUCAUGAGAAUUUCUCUUCAAUAUCCUAUUCUUUAUAAUAAAAAAAUAAUGGUUAGACUCCAGAGAAAGUUCUUAGGAUAUAUUUGGACAUCCCAGCAGGAAACUUUUCCUUCACAAAUGACUUUAGGGACAUGUGUCCUUGCAUCAUCAUGGAUCUGAUUGGAGGAGACCAGGGUUCACUGUGACAAUGGAAGGAAUAAGGAGUCAGAUGCUGGUGAGGGUGACUGCUGUGGAGCACAUGAGGCCACUGACAUUGUGGCCACGCCAUCAGUAACCUUUCAUGUGCAUGAUUGUUUCCUUUAGAAAAAGAAACAAACAUUCAACUAGACUAGUUUACAUAUCUACGUACACUAAAUGCCAAUCUUUCUCAAAUUUUAAUCCCAUUAAUGAAAAAGUAUUUCUUGCUUUUUUUAAAAUUAAUUAUCCAAUUUUGGGGUCAUAAUCCGUACAUGACCAUCACACCCAUUCUGACCAAUUAUGACUCCAUGACCAAAGAGUGAUGAUCACUUCUUUAUUUUGUUUCAAGGAAGAAACAGGAAAUGCAGGGGAUAGAGGAUAAGGUGGAUUCGAUUUUAUGUGGUGAUGAAAUUUAAUUUUUUUUUAAAAAAAAUCAUAUAUAUCUUUUAAAAGUAAUUUGUUAGUUGAAUAUAAAUGUUGCCACGGAUAAAUAAAAAAGGAAAGUAUCACAUAUAUUUUGUAUAUUUAAAUUACUAUUUAUGCUUCCUAAAAUUGACAGUAUGUGGUUCUUCGUUAACAAUCAAUUUAGUAUUAUAUUUCUCAGAGAAAAAGUGUGUGUUUGAAGUUAUUGUCACAGUAGUUUUCCAUGUAAGGGUAUUGACAGCAAUAGUACCAUGCUGCUCAAUAAAACCAAAUAUAACAGGAGUUGGGGAAUUUUUGUAAUCUAUAUUGACAGAAACUUAGUAAUGCUUUAUUGGUAAUAGUUUCUUUCAAGAGCCUUUGAAAUGCUAUAACAUAAUUUUUUAGAGUUUUAUAAUUAAUGUAUAUUUUGAUGUCCAAUUAGAAUUCUGAAAGAAUAAAGGAAAAGGUAAGUGGGAGCAAGUGUGUAUUUGUGUGUGUGUGUGUGUGUGUGCACGCAUGCGUGCAAAAGAAUUGUAUACAUAAAAUUCUUACUGAAGAUUUAGGUUUUGCUUGUAUAAGUGAGGUGUUGAAAAAAGCAGAAUCACAAAUACAGGAUAUCUCAGAAAGGUCAUAAGUAGCUUAAAUGAAUCCUGCUUCCAUGUUUCAUCAGCUAUAGAUUGUAUUUCAAACCCAAUAAUCAAUGGAUCACAAAUUUAUGAAUAAUGAAAAUGUGUAAGAUAAAAUAAUAAUUGGAUACAAUGUGUUUAUGUUAUCUUCACUUAAAUGAUCACAACUACACAUAUACAACCCAAUCAGUCAAAUAUAAGUCAUCGAUUUUUAGUUUCUUUAUGAUCUAUAUAUUUAGGCUUAGUAUGUUAAAGAUUAUUCUUCCUUCAAAAUUUAUAUUUAGGUAACACCUUCCUAUUAGGAGAUACAGGUGUAUUUCUCAGAUGCUGAUCUUGCUCAUAUCUCUCUGAAUUAGGCAGAAAAUAUUUUUAAAUGCCAGUCCCUUUACAAGAAGCAUAUACUUGUCAAGAUUGAUUCAUGUUGAACUCAGCCCUUCCCAUUUGUUCCAUCCAACAUAUGCUAUGGCAAGAUUUCAUGCACUUCUCUUUCAAAAGUUCUUUUCUGAGGAGGUUUGAAAGUUUGACCUUAGAGAAACACUUCCAUUUAUUUCUCUAGAUGUUUCCCUACAUGGGAAGUAACUGAAAUAUCUGGAAAAGUGACCUCUGUCACUCUGUGCCUAUACAAUAUAGAGUUGCCCAUGGUGGCAAGAGCCAUUCUCUAGUCAAUUUCCUCAGUGCAUGGUAUUUCUCUAUAUGAAGAAAUGGGGGCCAUUAGCAUAGAGAGAAAGGUAAGCUGACUCUCUGGCAGUACUAAAUCAGGACACCUCCCUGUGUGAAUCUGGUCAGAAGAUAACCUGCAGGCAGUACACUAUGCCAUGAUAAAGCUCAUACUUUCAGCAGUGCCAAAGAACAAAUCAUAUCAUGGCACAGUUAUCAGGUUGAAAGAGCUCAGAUCUAUAAAAAACAAUCUUUUUUAACAGCAAAUUCUAUAGAAAUAGAAUUUUAUUGGUUGUCAGCAAGAUGCUUUUAUUUGUGAAGUACUUCUUAGCAGAGAAGAAACAAAUUUCUUUAAAAAUGAUGGAAGGGAAAAAUGAAAUACUGCAUUUUUUCCCAGUCAGAGAAGCCUAAGUCACCUGUGGUAUUACAGUGGUCCCUCACGAAGACACUGCCAACAUUUUCCCCUCAGUUGUGCUAAUGAAGCAAAUUUGGAGUGAAAAGUGAUGGACUUGCAUUAAUAAAGGUUCAUGUUCACCCAUAUUAAAUAAUUGACAGAGUAGAACACAACACCAUGAGACUAAAAUCCCUCUUUGUUAUAUAUGUAUAUACACGCUUUCAAAUGCACAGUGAUUGAAUACAGUUAGACACAACUUCACUUUUGAACAUAGUGACUCUGUUUCAAAAUAGUGAACGAUUUUUUUGAUUGCUUCUAGAAACAGAAAUUGUUUUUUCUUACUCAAUUUUGACAUAGGUGUGGGUCUUCUUGACAUAAAGAAUUUGGUUUGAUUUUUUUGACUGAGUUGUUUAGUAAUCAAAUCAAUCAAACCUAAAUGACCUUACUAGGUUUUGUUCUAACUGAGAUACCAGAACAAUGUGUGUACAAAUUACAAGUUCAUAUCACCUACAUGGUACAGCAAGUCAGUAGAAUUUGUAAAAUGACUAUGCUUAUAUGAGAAAUCAAGAAAUGAUUUAAAUAGUAUGCGAUUCUGAGAUGAAGGGUAACUCAUACUUGCAGUAGAGUACAGGUAGACUAGCAUCACAAUGCAUUGUGUCAUGAACAUAAGUGGAAAUAAAAGAAAAACUGUACCUGUAGUGUUGACAUGAUCUCACUACAUCUUCCUUCUAUGGGAGAAUAGAGAGUUAAUUGAAAAAUAUGGACAAUUUGCUAUUAACCCAUUAUUUCUUUAGCUGUUCAUUAUUGAGCAACUUAUUAAUCAUUUUUUAAAAAGUUUCUCAAGCACUUGGAAUUAAACAUGGAAAAAGAUGUGAUCCUUGCCUUCAAGGAGGUAAAUUAUGCAAUCACUAAUGUUUUCAAAAUAAAGCCAGUUUUUAGAAGAUACACAAUUUCAUAUGUUUAACAGCUUUUAUGUGUUUAUAUAGCAUUCUCAUUUUCUUCAGCUCAAGUGUACAGUCAAAAUACUAAAACAUACUAAAUUUAAUGUCUAAGUAUAAAACAUGUUAUGUGUAAGCCUCUGUAUGUACACGUACAAUAUAUACUACUGUCUAUGUAAAUCAAUGAAAGGAUGACACAUUUUGCCAUGUGAACAUUAUGGCUUGGGGUUAGGAUGAUUUAAAACCCUUUGAUAUUUGGGUCAAUUUCACUGUAGCAAAAUAUAUAUAUAUAGUUUGGAAAAAAUGAUUGAUUAUAUUUCUCUUUAAAUCUUGUAAAGUUUCAAAUUUAAGGGGAAACACCUUUAAAGAAUCUUUGCAUUAAUCACAAUCAAACAUGUGAAAAUCCUUCAAAGGAUUUAGUUGUUCCCAAAUACAACUGGGUUUGCCCACCCUAAAAGCAUCUAUAUUUACACAUGUACACCUCCAUAGAGAAUACAUACUGUAUAUAAAUAAUAUAUAUGGAAAUGUUUAGUAAUGCACUUCUUUUGUUUGGAACUCCUUAACAUUUAUAGCGUAGCAAUUUGUGUAAAGUGCACUGUGAUUAUUUAAAAAAAAAAAGCACAGUAAAGUCACAGGUCUUGUUAUCUUGCACUGAAGACGUGUUUACGUAUUUAGCAAUUGUAUGUUUACUUUAUUGCUCUUUUCAAACAAUUGAAACAAAUAACUAUGAACAAUGGUAUAAAAUAAUAUGCUUUUUAGUGGCUAAUGGCACUACAUUUUUUAAAGACAGGGUUUUUAAAGAAAACCAUUUAACAUCCAUUUCAAUAUAACAUGUUUACCAUAUUUAAGAAUCUGAAUGUCAUAUCACAUUUUUCAUAACUCAUUAGAAAUGUCAGGUAUGUGCCUGAAAAAAUGUGCAAAUAAGCAUUAGAUAAAAGAUUUCUCUACUUGUGUGUUACUUAGCCAUUUAUAUAUACAUAAUAAUAUAAACACUGAUGUUUUAAUGUCUCUUAAUUUUUGUACUUGAUUUUUUUAGGUAACAUGUAAUUAUAAAUGUACUUUGAUACUACUGAAGUAACCAGAUGUUGUUUGAAAACAAAUUGAUUUCUUUAGUGCAUUGACAAUAUUUUACAAUACUUUUGUGCUUAUUUAUUUGUGCUCCCGUGUAAUUAUAAUAAAAGCAAUAGUUUAAAUUA